AUGCCUCCCACUGAUCCACCGAAUAAGGCUGUUUCAAAACACCGGGCCUGCGAUGGGUGCAGAGCACUGAAAAAGUCUUGUUCGAAGGAGCCAGAAGGAUGUUCUCGAUGUAAUUACGAGGACAUCGGAUGUCAUUACUCCGAGCAGAAGCGUAUGGGUCGUCCGAGGAAAAGGCGAUGCGACAAGACGACGCUGAACGGUGGCGCGGAACUCCUCCAUUCAGCUCCGCAAGAUGGUCAGCCUUUGCAACAUAUUAACGAGAAUUUUCCAAUCGAUCCUUAUAUUGAAGAUGCGAGCCUAUUGUUUGAGGCUGGGCAACGGUCUACAGCCUCAAACGAUGGAGGCAAUAGCUCAUUGGGCCGGACGACCGAGAACGAUCUUGGUCUGUGGAAUCCUGGUGCUGGAGAUCUCCACAGUCCACUUGCCUUUGGAGCAGAGUUCUAUUUACAACCGCCUGGCAUGCCAGGAUCCAUCAGGCCGCGCAAUGGUAUCGAAGGGAAUAGUGCUCCGCUUCCCGCCACUGCGACAUCCUGCAGCUGCCUUGCCACAAUGUACUUGGCCAUGUCGUCUCUGCAGGAACUCCCACCCGAAGUUGGUGCUGCGUUGAUAGCCGUUCGAGCUGCUGCAAGCACAGCUCAGGUCGUCCUUAGAUGUGAGAAGUGUGGCCACUGUUCAGCAACCUCAGUGAAGCCCGCAAUUGAAGCAUUUCAGAACACAAUGUUAUUGGGCACAUUGCUGCCCAUCAUCGUCAACAGCUAUAAGCGAUUGCUGGAAAUAGUGGACCACGAAGCCAGUAUGGCGAAAACUGCCGGGUACAAGAUGAUACCCAUUCUGUCUCCAGAGAUUAGCGUUUCCGGCCUAAGUGAGUUGUGUGGUGAAAGUAAGAUUACCAGGCCCGAGAAUGCUCUGAUGGAGCCAGACGACUGGCGAGAUUCCGUGCAUUGCAUCAUACGAGAUGAUGUCUAUGGUCAUGAGAUGAUGACUCCUGGUCUGAGAGGCAUCAUUUCCGAGAUGGAGCAGCGGCAACGAAGGGGACAUACCAAGAUGGAUGUCCUAGGAAGCCCCGGCAUGCUCAACGUCUUUCAUCAGAGACAAUGCCUUGGGGAGGAAAAUGCUCCUUGUUUGCAGAUACUGAAUGUUACUAAGGCUUCAAUGGCAUCACUAGCCAUUGCAUGAAAGCAGGGAAAGAGUAGAACGGAAACGCAAAAGAAUGCUCUGCAAGUCGAUCGAG